AUGUCUUCCAUGUUUCAAUUCGAAAAUUUAACAAUCAAAUAGACUUAUGCAAUUAAAAUCACUUAACCAAAAAUUGAAAAUAUAGAAUUAUUCUAUUUCGAUUCAAAUUAAGAAUUUUUAGUUAAAUUACGAAAUGCAAAUAUCUACUAUCCAUGUAUAAAUAUUAAGACUAAUUAAAAAUUUUCUGCUUAACAAAUACAUUCGUAACCUAAUAGUUACACUAAUUAAGAAAUAGCUGUAUUAGAAUUACUUUGUAAGUAUCCUCAUACAAAUAUUAUCAAGAUUUAUGAAAUAAUAAAAAAGGAUAAUUACGAUUUAGUCUUGUAAGAAGAAAUCACAUAAAAUUUAGAAUAAUUCUUACAAACUUAAAAAAAACUAACAAUUCAAAUGAAGAAAAAUUUCUAUUGUUAAUUAUUAUAGGGAUUUAAACAUUUAUAAUCUAAAAAUAUUAUUUUAAGAGAUUUAUAACCUAAACAUAUAGCUGUUAAAACUAUAAAAGAGAAUGAUUAUAUUCUAUAAGUAAAUAAAUCUUAUGUAUAAUAUUAUAGAUUUCAGAUUUUAGAUCAGCUGAAAUAUCUGAAACUGGAAAAAUUAAUACGAUAAAUGGAAUGUCUGAAUUUGCUGCCCCAGAAACAUUAAAAGAAUCCUAAAAAAUUACUGGGUCUUGUAGUAUUUAUACAGUAUGAUAAAUUAUUAUUAAAUUAGUUAGGAAUGUUAUUGUAUUAUAUAUGUAAUUAGGGAAAGAAACCUUUUAAAGCAAAUUCUCUUUCAGAAUUGAUUCUCUAAUAAGAAGAAUUUUUAAAAAAUCUUUCAACCAAUCAAAAUUUUAAUAUGGAUGAUUUAAAAUUAAUAGAAAAUUAUCAAAAAAUGCUUGUUUAUUAAGCUGAAAAAAGAGAUUAAUCUAUUUUUGGCUUUAAUUCAUUAAAAUAGGAAUAUUUUCUUUUAGAAGAUACUUAUUUCGUAAAAAAAUCUUCAAAAAUAGGAGAUGGACAAUAAGGUAUUGUAGUUGAAGCAUUUAAUAUUGAAACAAAAGAAAAUUUAGUCUGUAAAAUGAUUAAAAAAGAUUACAAUUCAGAGGAAAUCUUGAAAGAAGUAUAAAUAUAUGAACAUCUUGAAGGUCAUUAAAAUUAAAACAUUAUUUAAUUAAAAAAAAUAAUUAAAGACUCGGAUUGGUAUUUUAUAUUUUUGGAAAGAUGUACAAUGAAUGUUAAAGAAUAUCUGAACAAAAAUCCAAACGGUUUUACUGAUUUACAAGUUAUAGAUUUCUUAUAAUAAAUAAUCUCAGGUUAUUACUAUAUUAAAGAGCGAAACAUCUUACAUAGAGAUUUAAAACCAGAAAACAUUAUGAUAAAAAUUGAUAAAGAUAAUUAUAAUAUUUAUAAAGUAAUAUUUAUUUAUUUAAUAAUAAUAGAUAAUUGAUUUUGGAGUUGGAAAAAUAAUCACUAGUUAAGACUUAGCAAGUUCUGAUGUAGGAACUACUCUUUUUACAGCACCAGAAGUAUUAGAAUAAAAAUCAAGUUAUAAUGCAUAAUGUGAUAUAUUUUCUGUAAUAAUGGUAUUAAUUUCAAGAUUGGAGCAACAUUAUAUUACAUGAUUUUCAAAGAAUAUUAUACAAAAAAAGUUAACUAGAAUGAAAUUUUAUAAGAACAAAAGAAAUUUGAGACUUAACCCUUUAAAUGUCCAUUUUCAAAUAGGGUAAAUUAUCUAAUUAAUUAAGAAUCCCGAUAUUAUAUCAUUAAUCGAAAAAAUGAUAGUUUACAAUCCAAAAAAAAGAAUUAGUUGGGAAUAAUUGAAGAAUUAUGUUGUGUGGAAAAAUUCUUAAGAAAUUCUUAAUUUUAUUUAUAACUUAUUUUUAUUCUCUCUUGAUUGUGAAAAGUUACUUUUUGAAAUACAAGAAAAGAAUAAAGAUAAUUUAGAGUUUGUAGGACAUAUAUAGGCUUAUAGAACAGUCAUUUUGAUGUUUGCAUUUAAAAUCUAACAGAAACUAGAAUAAUCACUAAAAAUUGGAUCAAUCAAAAUUAAUGAUAUUGAAUAUCAAAUAGAUUAAAAAUUAAUUUUUUCAGAAUGGAUGAAAAAAAAUAAUUUGCAGAUUUAAAAACAAGAAGUGGAAAAAAAAUAAUAAUAAUUAUCUAAAGAGAAUCUUCAUAUCUCUAAUAUAGCCUAAGACAUUAUUAAUAGAAUGAAUAUAAAAGAAAAAGAAAUUACCUUAAAUUUUAUACAAGUUCACAUGUGUUAUAUUAGUUUAUCUGAUUAGUUAUAAAAUAUUGUUUUUAGUUUUUGUGACUCAUUAUUACUUAAAUAUCAACUUGUUAAAAUGAGAAAUUUAUUCAAAGACUUUACCCAUUAUUAUCCUUUAGGAUAAGGCUGCUAAAAAUUAUUAUUAACUAAAAUUACAGAAGAAUAAAUGCAAGAAUACAUAAAUUAAAAUUAAUGA